AUGAAUCGCCUGCGAGAAGAGCAACUGGCGCUGAGUGGGACAAUCGAGGGAUCCAAAUUGGGCGGAAGCAACGACUUCAUCCUCUAUCUGUCCGGACCGAUCGAAGUUCGUCUUCUAUUUGUAGCUCGAAGCGACUCUUCCCUGGAGGAACUGGAAGCACUAUAUCCCACGGGCGCAUCGAUAACAGUGAAAAAGCACCUUCGGCUGGAAGGACGUUGCGUUGUUGAUAAUCCAGGUAAAGUAAAUCUAUUGUGUUUUGUCAUUUGUAUGUCAACAUUUCGGUGCUCAGGAAACGUAGAGAUCAUCUCCUGCUUCCCGACUACCAUGCGCAAACUCGGCCAGAAAGCAUCCAGCGAGCUUCGCAGCUUGGGCAACGAGCACUUCCACAGGAAGCAAUACCUGGCAGCUAUAGAGCUCUACAACCUGAGCAUUUCGAAGGCUGACAACGAGAGGGACAAGCUUCUGGCUUUCGGAAACGCUUCCCACUGCCACCUCGAGCUCGAGAACUUCUUCUGUGCCCUUCAGAACGCGGAGAAGGCACUGGCGCUCACGAAUGCCACGGAGAACGUCCUCUCAGUGAAGUUGCUGACGAGGAAGGGGCGAGCUCUCCACGGCAUGCUCAAAUACAAAGACGCAGUGCAGGCGUACAAGCUAGCUCUCUCGCGCUGCAGCAACGUUGAGGCGUAUAAUGAUCAACGGGCUCACACCAUCAAGCUCAUGGACAAGAGCGAAGAACGCGACAUCUCCGACGACCUCCACCGCUACCUGAGCCGAGGCUGCAAGAGCGACGACUCUCCAGCUUUCCUGGACUUUGCCGGGCCAGUGAAAAUUUCCCGCCGUGACUACGGUGGCGGCGUCGGCCUGUUCGCCACCGAAGCUAUCGCGCCUGGGGAGAUCGUACUUGUGAGCAACGCACUGGGCUACGUCCGUGACAUGUACGCCGAGCAUGCCUCUGUAGACGUCUACGUCAAAGUCUUGCGAGCCGCGCAGAAGUCUCCGAGAACUUCGCUACAACUCCAUUACCUUUGGAGCCAGAUUUUCGACGAGAAUAACGCCAGGAUCCCACCAAUGCAAGUCUUCAAGCCAAACUCCGACAUUGACUGGACAGAGAAGCGUGUCAUAGAGACGGACAAGAUCAGACAGAUACUCGAGCACAACUUCAAGCUGGGCUUUCUGGGGGGCUUGUGGACGCUGGCAGGGUUCAUCGCACACAGCUGCAGGGGGAACUUAUGCAUGGUGCAAGUUGGACCCGCCAAGAUCUUCCGGGCCAAUGUGGACAUCGACAACGGAGAGGAGCUCACCUACUGUUAUGCUCCGGCUUUGGAGAUCCUCCCAGUGGCCCUCCGCCAAGAGUUUUUCAACUGGUGCCGGUGCUGGCGCUGCACGACCGAGAUGCUCUACCGGCGAUUGGGCGGUCCCUACGAGAGCCUGUGCCUUCGCUACCUCAAGCACCUCAGGGAGUACAGGAGAGUCUUUGAAGUGAACCCCAAGAGCGUGCGGCAGUUCCUAGUGGAGCAAGAGCUCGUCCAGGUGGCGAUAGACUCUGAGGAGAUCCUCAAGCACACGACCAACAAAAGGGCGAACAAGAUGGUCCUACGCAUAUCCUUCGCUCCAGCGUACCUCCUCUACUUUCUCUACCAGGAUUCCGCCCACCCGAAAGUCGUCGAGGUGAUGCCGAAGGACAGCGAGUUCUGCAUGGAUUUCAUGAACGUUACCGCGGCGAACCUCGAGAGCUUGGAGACGCUCACGGCAGGCUGCCUUCCCAUGGCGUUCUACCCCACGAUGACGAAGGAGAAGGAGCAGCAGAAGACCGUGGCGGAUAUAGCCAUCGACUUCUGCUUCCAGAUGCGCUAUGGAGCGUCGAUGACGAAGAGCGCGAGGGUCAAAUUCCUGAAAUGGUUGCAGAGCGAUGAGCCGGACAAAGCCAGGCGCGCCUGA